AAGAGAAACCAAACAGCCUCUCCAAAUGAUGCUGUGUUCCAGGUAACAAGGAGGGGCUGUCUCCGAGGCAGAAACACUUCCUCCUCUGCCAUAUAUAAACCCGCAAAGACGGACUUCUCCUGAAGCCCUCACAGAGUUUGCAAAGCCCGAAAACUUAAGACAGGCAGCGCUUUUUUGUCUCCAAUCCAUUACCGGAGGUGAUACAACCCUGGCGACGCUGACGCAAGAUACUGCUGCGUAUGAAUAGAGCAAUUCGGCAAGCGGGAUUUUCUGUCUGCAGUAUUAAAAAGCCAAACAUGAAACCUCAAUUUGCCAUAGAGCUAAUACUCAUGUGCGUAUCUUACGGAGCAAGUGCACUGGCAACGAGUAUUCUUACAGUCUCCACGUCCUUGCCAGUUGCCAAUUUCACCAGCGUUGGCGCAGCACACAGCUAUGGAACAGACACCACGACUAUUUUUAAAACCAGGAGGAAGCGUUAUAUUAGUCAGAAUGACAUGCUUGCCAUUCUUGAUUACCAUAACAAGGUGAGAGGGAAAGUGUUUCCGCCAGCAUCCAAUAUGGAAUACAUGUUGUGGGAUGACACUCUGGCUAAGACAGCUGAGGCCUGGGCUCAUGCCUGCCUGUGGGAACAUGGGCCAUCUCACCUCCUCAGGUUCCUGGGUCAAAACCUCUCUGUCAGAACAGGACGCUAUCGAUCCAUUCUUCAGCUGGUGAAGCCAUGGUAUGAUGAAGUCAAAGAUUACGCUUUUCCAUAUCCUCGUGAUUGCAACCCUCGAUGCCCGCUUAGAUGCUAUGGACCCAUGUGUACCCAUUAUACACAGAUGGUGUGGGCAACAUCCAACAAAGUCGGCUGUGCCAUUCACACUUGCCACAAUAUGAAUGUAUGGGGUUCAGUGUGGAAACGUGCAACGUAUUUAGUUUGCAACUACUCACCUAAGGGUAACUGGAUUGGUGAAGCUCCUUACAAAGUAGGCGUACCCUGCUCCGCCUGCCCACCUAGCUACGGGGGCUCCUGCAGCAACAACAUGUGCUUCCCUGCUCUCAAGACAAACUACCUGCACUGGUUCAAAUAAUCCCAGGUUUCCUCUUGACAUAAGCUGACAGCAUACAGUACCACAGAGAUAUUAUAUUUGAUCUGAAAGGAUUUGCACAACAGUCGUGGAUCAUGCUAUUUUGUAUAUAUGAGCUUAUUUAAAGUCAGAAACAUACAUCUGAAGCCAGCAGACAAUUUAGCAUUGACGACGUGUAAAUAAACUGUAAAUUAAUGUUUUACAUUUUUACCAGAAUUGCUCUAACAAUUUUAAUUGAUGAAAUAUAAUUUAUGUUGAAAAUGGGUCCUUAAAAACAUGGUGCUGCAGACACUUUUGUUGUCAUUAUAUUUGUUUACCAUUGACAAUGUGGUCUCUAAGGACAUAACACCAUCAGAGCUGCUCAUACUGACUCACUAUGGUGCUAUGGGCAUCACACGUUCAUGCUGUGUGCAUGCCUUUGCAGGAAU